AUGGCGAUGGUUCUGGAGUGCGGAGGUCAAGAGAUGAUGGAGGUCUUUUCCUCGACUGGCCCCCUCGGGAAAGAGCAUCCGCUGCUAGAUCUUGGAGGGCGCCUCUGGAGCUACUUCCUGCCCAGGUUGGGGAUUCACAAAUUUCUUCAGAAGAUCUCUUUUAACAACAGUGCUGGAGAUAAAGUGCAGUUUAAUGAGAAUGGAGAACUAGCAGCUGGGUUUGAUGUUACCAACUUGGUCACUUUCCCAAAUAAGUCCUAUACCCAAGUAAAAGUUGGAAAGCUGGAUCCUCAGGCUCCUCCAGGGAAAGAGCUUACCAUCGAUGAGGACAGAAUUGAGUGGCACAAAGUCCUCACUCAGGUACCACCCUUCUCUCUGUGCAAUGACUUCUGCUAUCCAGGUCACAGCAGGAAAAAGAAGGAGGGAGAGAAAUUUUGCUGCUAUGAUUGUGCUCUAUGCCCAGAAGGGAAGAUAUCAAACCAGAAAGACAUGGAUUACUGUAUCACUUGCCAAGAAGGUCACUAUUCUAAUAAGGGUCAAGAUCACUGUAUCCCUAAGAUUCCAGGAUUCCUUUCUUUUCAAGAACCUUUGGGCAUCAUUUUAGCUUUAGUGGCUAUCGUCUUUUCUCUGAUUACAGUUCUGGUAGUUGGAACCUUCAUUAAGCACCAUGACACGCCCAUAGUCAAAGCCAACAACCGGAGCCUCACCUAUAUUCUCCUCGUCUCCCUCUUUCUGUCUUUCUUCUGCUCUUUGCUUUUCAUUGGAAAACCCCAAGAGGUGACCUGCCUUCUCCGACAAAUAACAUUUGGCAUCAUCUUCGCAGUGGCUCUUUCUUCUUUGUUGGCCAAAACCAUGACAGUGGUGGUGGCUUUCAUGGCCUCCAAGCCAGGAACUAACCUGAGAAAAUGGAUGGGGGACAGACUGGCACUUUCCAUUGUCUUUUCUUGCUCCCUUGUUCAAGCUUUCAUUUGUGCUGUGUGGCUGACAACUUCUCCUCCAUUCCCAGAGCAGGAUAUAUUCUCACUAACUGAAGAAAUCAUAGUGCAAUGUAAUGAAGGCUCUGUCACUUCUUUUUACUGGGUUUUGGGCUAUCUGGGCUUCCUGGCUAUUAUCAGCUUCAUUGUGGCUUUCCUAGCCAGGAAGUUACCUGACAGUUUCAAUGAAGCCAAGUUCAUCACCUUCAGCAUGUUGGUCUUCUGCAGUGUGUGGUUGUCCUUUAUCCCCACGUAUCUGAGCACCAAGGGAAAAUACAUGGUGGCUGUGGAGGUCUUCUCUAUCUUGGCCUCCACUGGUGGCUUAUUGCACUGCAUCUUUUGCCCCAAAUGCUAUAUCAUUGUACUGAGACCUGAGCUGAACAGCAAAGAGCAGUUGGUGAGGAGAAAACAUUCAACUAUUUGA